AGAGAGAGAGGGGGGGAGGGAGGGAGGACGAGCGAGCGAGAGAGAGAGAGAGAGAGAGAGAGAGAGGGAGGUUGGUGCUCCAGCAGCGUCUUCUCGCGUCCAACACAACAAGCUUAUUACCCCUUCUCGCUCCCCGCGCUCGGAAACGGAUUUACGCUCACGGACGAAGGAGUUUGGAGGACAAGUAGGAUGCUGAGCAACUUUCCUGCACGUCACUGCACACCAUUCUGCUCUCCAUGACCUGAGAGCGCCACCUAUCGGGAGGAACCACACACCAGAGAGAGAGAGGAGGGGCAGAAGGCCAGGAAGGAAGGAAAACACAUUUUUUUAGUUGUUGUUUGUUUUUGCUUUUUGUAAAUGGCGGCGACGGAGGCCAGCGCGGCGCCGGUGGUCCAGGAGGAUGGGAAAACCCCCGAGAGCAAACCCACGGAAGCAGAGCAGCCAGCCAAAACCGCUAACUCAGAGACUGUGAGCAACGAUGUCGUGGAGAAGGACGGCUCGGCUGUCAACAGCGACCCAGUAGAGAAAGAUGGCGCCGUCGUCAACAGCGAGGUCGCUGACAAUAAAGAGACUGUGAACAAUGACACAUCGGCAGCGGCGUCCGGCGAGGAGGCGGCCGAAGCGGCGGGCGAAGACACACCCGCCACCUCUGAAAACACCUCCUCCGCUGAGCCCAAGACCUCCUUCCUGGACUCCUUUCUGAACAAGAGCGGCCUCGGGAAGGUGAUGGCGGGAAGGAAGAAGAAGGAGCACAGCACCCCCGCAGGAGGGGAGGAGGCAGAGGUAGCAGGAGACAAGGAGGGAGAGAAGGCUGGAGAGGAGGCUGCGGCAGAAGGAGGAGCAGAAGGUGGCGCUGAAGGAGAAGCUGCCACGGAGAAGGCUCUGGAGAAUGGGGAGAAGGAGGAGGAGAAGAAAAGUAAACCGUCGGAAGCAAAGUCGACGGUCCGGGAUCUGAUCCGCAAGCCAGUGGCCCGGAUCUUCUCCCACCGGAGCACCGAGAAGAAAGAGGGUGCCGCCGCGGAAGCCCCGAAACAAGUCAAGGUUCGCUCCAAGUCCCUGGACCGACUGGAAGACGCUGAAGCACUGAACACCACUGCAGACUCCACCACCGAGGAGGGCGGAGCUGUGGGCGGGGCAGAGGGAGGCGCAGAGGGAGGUGCCGAGGAGGAGCAGAAGGCCUCGUCCUCCUCAGCAACAGCCAAGCAUAUGAAGCGCUGGCACUCCUUCAAGAAGCUCAUGGCCCAGAAGGCCCACAAGAAGAGCGGAGGAGGAGAGGACGGAAAGGAGGACGGCGCAGACGGAGAAGGCGGCGGAGACUCCUCCACCUUGGACUCCAAAGAGUCGGGGCAGAAGAGGUGGAAGCUGAAGCGCUCUUGGACCUUCCAGGGCCUCAAGAGGGACCCGUCUGUGGUGGGGAUCAGCGGGAAGGUCAAGAGCUCAGACAAGGAGGGAGCGGACAAGUCGGAGGAAGCGGCAGGAGAAGGAGGAGAGGAGGCCAAAGCUGAGUGUGGCACCGAGGAGGCCGCGGCAGAAGCCGGCGAGGAGAAGGCCGACGGCGGCGAGGAGGAGAAGGCGGCAGGUGGAACGGUCACACAACACGCCAACGAGAUCUGGACCUCCUUCAAGAAGCGUGUCAUCCCCAAGUCCAAGCGCGCCAACACAGAGUGCGCCCCCAGCGGCGAGGAGGACGCAGCCGCUCCUGCAGGUGAGGACGCAGCUGGCGAAGAAGGCAAAGACGGGAAGUCGGCCAAAGCCAAGCGCACGCACUUUGGCCGGGCGGUAUCCCUGAAGAACUUCAUCCUGCGAAAAGGCAAGUCCACCAGCGUGGACCUCGGUGAAGGAGCCAAGGAGGAGGAAGAAGCAGCGGCAGCAGAAGGGGCCGAGGCCGCCGCAGAGGCCGCUGCUGACGGCGAGGCCGUCGCCACUGAGGAGACCAACAACGAAGCAGACGCCGAGAAGACACCAGCUGUAGAGAAGGAAGAGGCUGAGAAGACGCCGGCCGAAGCUCCAGUCACUAACGGAGAGAACGGCUGCUCCAACGGAACAGCAGAAGAGAACAGCACACACAAUCACCAGGAAGAGGAGAAGACAACAGGCAGCAGCCCGGUGAAGAAGACCAAGGAUGUCGCCGGCACAAAAGACGAGGCCAACGCCAAGAUCAUCAACGACACGGCGGUUGUGAACAGCGACAAAAAGGCGGGAAACGUGUGAGGCCGCACAAAGAGGAUUAGAACUGCCCGGGAUUCGCUGAGCAAGGAGCUCUGAGCCCCGCCCACUCCCCCAUUCCUAAAUCCUCCCCAUUCACCCCCCCUCACUCCGCCACAUCGCCAACCCGCCAACCCUCCCACCCCCCCCACCCCGCGCCGCCUCCUCCUCCUCCUCCUCCCAAAUAAACGGAGUAAUCACGUGUACACAGGUCGUCAUGGCGACAGAGCAGGAGAGAGAGACAUAAUAAUUACUCGGAAGCAAUAAUCCAACUUCUGUCACUCAUCCGUCCAUCCCUCCUUCCCAGCGUGUUUUGUUUCCUCUUGUCCGUGAGAUUUUAUAUUCCGAAAAGAAACUGUAAAAAUCGAAACAUUCCAGCGACCUUCCUUCCUCCCGCCCUCCUUCCCUUGUUCCUUCCUUAUUUCCUCCCUUCCUUCCUCCCUCUUUUCUUUCUCUUGCCCCCUUCUUUCCUUCCUCUACUCCCUUUCCUUUGCCUUCCCUCUCUCCCCAUCCUUCCUUCCUCCCUCCCUCCUUCCCAUCCUUCUUUCCUCCCUUCCUUCCUCCCUUUUUUCUUUCUCUCUCCUCCCUUCUUUCCUUCCUCUACUCCCUUUCCUUUGCCUUCCCUCUCUCCCCAUCCUUCCUUCCUCCCUCCCUCCUUCCCAUCCUUAUUUCCUCCCUUCCUUCCUCCCUCUUUUCUUUCUCUCUUGCCCCCUUCUUUCCUUCCUCUACUCCCUUUCCUUUGCUUUCCCUCGCUCCCUCCCUCCUCCUUGAUCACUGCUCUCUGUCCAUACCGACUCCUGAUUGGUGCGUUUCAAAGACAAAAAAAAGAAAAAAAAAAGAAAAAAAAGAGACAGUUAGUUUUAUAUCAACGGCCAUUUUGGUUUGUAGUCUUCUCACCCCGGCCCCGCCCCUCUCUGUAGUUUGACCGUUCAGCAGGACCAGUAUCUAAACCACCCCAAGACUGCCUCCCCUCCCCGGCCCUCACCCCGCCCCCGGCCCCUCCCACCACCAACACUGCGACGUCUUCAGCUCUGUGUGUUUAAUGUUUCUAGACUGUUCUAUUGUGGAUUCAAAAAAAGACAAAAAAGAAAAAAGCACCAUUGAAAAUGUCUCCUCCUUUUCUUUCUUAUUUUUUAAAAAAGCAUCUCACUGUUCCGCAGUCCGACGAUAUGCUGUAAUUAAAAAAUAAUAAUAAUAAUAAUAAUGAUGAUGUUUUGUUGGUCCAAGUUUUCACAUGUCCGCUAGCAAACUGUCAAAAGAACUAGAACAAUAAAGACUAAAAUCUAACAACUACACAA